UCCACUACAAAACAAGUAAUAGAAUCUGUAGUUUAUGGUAGAUGAUAGACAGAGCAUGGUGCCAGCUACACCAAAGUCAUGGGUUCAAUUCCCAGGAAAAAUACAUGCUAAUAAAACAAGAAAGCAUCUGCCAAAUGGAAACACAUACAUGACGCGGUUGCAAGAGUCAGUCAACAAGGCUCGACACUAGAAAGUAUGGGACAACCUCGGCCCAACCUCCAAAAGAGCUCAUUGUCAAAAAUGCUGUGGAAAACUGUGAUGUCACAUCAUGCAAAUUACUGCUGGAAAACGUUGACAGCAAGACUUUGAACUGGCAUUGAGUCUUUGGUGCUGAACUGCUGGAGGGUUCAACUUAACACACAGGAAUGAUGAAAGAUUGGCAACUCGGGUACGUGGGAGUUGGUGCUUUUUUUCCCCCUACAAGUAAUUGUUUUGAACUUUGUGCUACUUAGCAUAUGUGGGCUAUUUCCUGGGCAGAUAAAGCUUGUUUUUAUUCAUUUCUAUAGGAAACCAACAGUGACAGCAGAACAAGGCUUUAUGUGUAUGUCCAGGAAAUCCUCACAUGAUGUGCCUCUUCAAAUAACAAUAGUUUACUGAUAAGAUGAAUAUUAUAAUUUGUUAUCUGUGUAUUCAUCUGUCUUCUUUAGGUAUUCUACUUAUCAAAUAAUGAUUUUGUUUAUCCCCUCAGAUUCUCUUCUUCUAGAGCUCAAAAUAACAAAACACAAGUUUCAUCCAUUUCUGAUGAGAAUUUCCAUCCUAGCGGCUUCAUGAAAGGCUUGGAUUCUCCUUCAGAAAGAAUGAGCACAAUGUCUGAAAAGAAGAGCAAUGGAAGGGACGGGGAGAGCAUAAGAGAUGCGGCAGAAGACAAGAUGUUUGAUUUCUCACCAUCCUUGAACAAUCAAAGUCACCAUAACAAGAACACAGUCUUCAGAGCCAGACCUAAACUGGCUGAUGCUCACGCCGUCCUUUCUUCCAAGCUAGAAGAACCAACUGAAACUCAAAUAAAUGCAUAUGAGGAAAUGGAGGACACGAAACCCGAACCUCUGGAACAUGUUUGUAUGGAUCCCCUACCAAUACCUGCUGGAGAAAUGACCGAGGACAAGGACGUGGAAGAGCAGAAGGUGAAAGGGAGUGAAAAUCUUGUUGAAGAGGGCUCAAAAGUGCCGCUGAAUGCAGCAACUAGGAAAAGCCUGUGGAAAGGCAAGGUCGUUCCGAAGGAAGGGAUGCGGGAAAGGCUGGGAGGUCUGGAGAGUAUCGAUGAGAGUAUUGAGGGAGAUUUCAACAAACGAAUGCACAGAAAGAAGAGUUGGGGUACAAAACAGAAAAACGUACAAACGUUUGGGUCAUCACAGGAUGGAGAGCAUUAUAUGCAGGGAAGUAUGGAGAGAGACGGUGAGGGAGAAAUAGUUCCACACCCUUUUCUCUCUCGGGUUCUCCUUCACUCCUCUGCUUCAUCCUCCUCUUCCUUCAACAACUCCUCAGCCGAAAGUGAUGAAGUCUUCAGCGAGAGUGAGGAUACAGCCGCCCGGAGGCAGACCAUGAGAAAGUGUCGAUCUUGGAGGACAUUUUUGACCAUGAUGCAGUGGUCCAAACGUACACAAAGCUCAUGGAUCCAGCUAGCUGGUCACCAAGGUAAUGUAAGGCUGAGUGAGGGUGGGGAGGUUCUGAAGAGGUUUUGCAAGGUGGAGGACAGCUGUCUGCAGGCCCUCAUGUCUGAUGCGCUCUGUCAGUUCGUGCCUCAUUAUUUCGGGCACAUCAGUCAGGACGGAGAGAGAUACAUCCGUCUAGAGGACCUGCUUAGCGGGCUCAAACAUCCUGUCAUCAUGGACUGCAAAAUGGGUGUCCGGACAUACCAAGAGGAGGAGAUCAUUAAAGCCAGGACCAACGCCAGCGUACGCUCUGAUAUGUAUCAAAAGAUGGUGAAAGUGGAUCCGGCAGCUCCCACUGCAGAGGAACAUGCAAAGAAAGGAGUAACAAAGCUGCGUUACCUGCAGUGGAGGGAUGACAGCAGUUCCACCUCAUCACUGGGCUUCCGUAUAGAAGGCAUAGUGAUGGGGAAUGGUAAAGUAUUACGGGACUUUUACAAGACACACACAGAAGCACAAGUGACAGAAACCCUGCUAUCUUUCACCAGGAGGCAGGUUCACCUUCUAGAGGCCUACGAAUCCAGAUUACAGGCACUGAGCGAAGCACUAAAGGAGUCAACCUUUUUCUACAAACACGAGAUCAUAGGCAGCUCAUUACUUUUCGUCCACGACUGCAGCAGCAAAGCAAACAUAUGGAUGAUAGAUUUUGGAAAGACUAUCCCAACCCCAGAGGGUGUCCAGCUGAGGCAUGAUCUUCCAUGGGUGGAGGGAAACAGGGAGGACGGGUACCUUAUCGGACUGACCUCCCUCACCUCUCUGCUGAGGGAAGCCAUUAAGCAAGCAAGGGAGCAAAGUCAAGAGCAACCACUUUCAUAGUGACCUCACAUAAACUAAAUUACAUCAAAAAGACAAAUGAUUUCCCCUUGGAUCCAACAACAGACAACCACACUGUCUUUUGGACACUACAGGUCAAUAAAGCUUUAUACAGUUAAUAGUAUUAAUAAAGCACUUGUGUUGCCAUGGUCAUUGCAAAUGUUCUUGUGUAAAGCACUUAACGUUGUUGUUUUUUUGUCUAUUAAAUGUUUUAUAUACUACAA